GGAAGCCCAGGGAACGUAUGUGAGCAGGCGCCUCCGAGAGUAUGGGGGCUCGGGUUGCCCCCCAGCUUCCUGACAGCUGGAGCAGGAAGGGGGGAGCAGAAUUCCCAAGUUUCCCCUUUCUGGAAAAAAGGAGGCGCAGAGACAUUUGUAAAUGGACAUUUGUCUUGGACUCAAAUUCCAGAGCAGUUGAUCUUGUGGCCGGCUCAGCAAACAUCCGGGACCAGGAAUUCAGCAGUGAUUUCACGAGACGAGACGCGAAAAGGCCUAUUCACACACGUGAUCCUGAGAGCCAGGCGGCAGGGAAGACAAGGCGUGAAAUUCUAUGCAGAGGAGAACCUGGCCGGGCUGCUGUUUCCCACAGCUGUGGGGUGGGAGGAGACCCGGGUCCUGUCUGCCUGUCUGUCCCUGUCCCCAGCACACAGCACAGAGCACGCUGCCUGUGUGGGAGAGCCCAGGGCCACGCAGCGGGUCCUGGUGCGGGGUUGCAGGGAAGGGAGAUGACCGGGAGAGGAGGCAGUGGGGUCAGGCUGCCCGGGGCUGGGAGCUGAGCGUGAGGCGGGUCUGCCAGGCUGGGCUUGAGGCAGGAGGCAGAGCAGGAGCUGGCUGCAGGACGUGGAGAGCAGCAAGGCACUGGGGCAGGCGGGUGGGCAGGGGUUCGGCCUGUCAGCCUGCCUGAUGCUGCCCCUUUGCUGUGCCUUCCCGCACUUCUCUGUCUGCUGAGCCCUCCCCGCCACAACCCCACAUAGGACAGGCUGACUCGCCGCCAUCGACGAGGAUCGAGAGGGGAGAGACCUGCGCACGAGUCACCUUCUGCCCGACUUUGCGAGACCAGGCUGCCUUCUCGGGCUCAGGCGUCAUGGCCGACUUCGUGGUGCAGUAUGACGUGCUCAUGGAGGACGUCAUGGGAGACGUGCAGAUCUACGACGGCUAUUUUAUCCAUUACUUUGCGCCCCGAGGCCUCCCGCCUGUGGAGAAGAACGUGGUGUUUGUGAUUGACGUGAGCGGCUCCAUGUUUGGUACCAAGAUGCAGCAGGUAACAAGGACCCCGGGACCUUACUGGUCCUGGCAUGAGCAGGCCCUGGUGGCUGGAGUGUGGGACAGUGGGACCCUGGGGCCAUAGGUCCCCCCACUGCACCACACUUGUAUCCUAUGGCCUGGCUCUUCCUGGGGCCUGGCACCCAACCAAUGGGUACUAGUUGACCCAGAGACCCGCAACAGUAAGAGCGUGGAAUCAAUGGUGUGCAACGCAUUACAUCCCCGAGACCCUGCCUCUCCCA